UUCCCACACGUGCCGCUGUGUUUAUAAAUUUAUUGAAAUAACAAUGAAGCCAAAACCGCAAAAAAAUCAGGGAAAAUCUAAUAAAAAGCCUGCAAGGGCAGGUCAAAAACAGAAGCCCAACUUUAAGCAAAAGCAACAGAAAUCGGACAGCAAACCAAAUAAGCCUGAAAUACGAAAUAUGAUACGGAAACAAAAGGCUGCUGCGGCACAAGCGGAACGUGAGAAGAUCAAGGCUGAAAAGGAGGCACGCAUAAAGGCGUACAAAAAACAGCGUCUGGAGAAGACCAAAAUUAUCAGCAAGCGCACACAGCGUGGCCAGCCACUGAUGAAGGAUCGUAUGCAGUUGCUGCUGAAGCAAAUCGAGGAAAUGAAGGGGCGCCAAUGAUAAGGGCACUCAGAUAUUCACAUUGGCUAAGCUGCAGUUUAU